GUUCAAAGCAGAAGGAACUUCCUAGCGAAGAACAUGGAAACUCAUCAGUUGCAGAGACAAGCAGAUGGCCCAAAGAGCAGAAGAGCGAGCACGCCGAUGUGAACCGUCUACCCCGCCUGGGGGACAAGGGUACCCCUCUGAAGUUUGCCUCGUGUCCCGCCACCGGACCAGGCCUGUCGGCCGGCCCCGGCCCCAGCCCCGGCCCCGGGCGGACCCGGCCUCCCGGGGACGCCCGCCUGCCCGCCCCUGGGCUAGACCUGUUGGCCAGCCCCGGCCCCGGCCCCGGCCGCGGCCCUCGGACGGCUCUUGUGUCGGGGCGGCACACGAACGCUUCGCCGGGAUCAAAAAUUCUCGGGCCAUCGGAUUUCUUUUCCUGCCUGCGCGGCCAGACGCCUCCCAGCCGAGCCGACGGGCAGCCCGCGGCCCGCGCCCGGCCCGCCGACGCGCUCGACCGGCAACGGGGCGUCCCCACCCCGCGGGGAGCAGAGACACGGCACCAGCCAGCAAGCCGCACCUCGGGGCGGACAGCGGGAGAAUGGAAGCAGGCGGAAGCGUGCGGUGGGACGCGGCUGGAAGCCGCCGGCCCCCCGCGUCACUGGACUGGAAUCGCCGGCAGAGGCGGCGAGCGGGCGGCCGCCUGCUCAUGCCGGCUCUCCGGAGGUCCGCGGAGGUCUUUGGCCCCGGGCCCGCCUCGUGCGGGCCCGGCACGGAACCGCCCUUCGCCGCCGGCUCCCGCGGCGCACCGCCUUCUGGGCUUUUCCCCGCCCCCGGUCGGCGACGCUUGCCGGGCGGCCCCGCCCUGCGACGUCACCCUGCCUGGCACCGCCUUCCGGGCUUUCCCCGCCCCCCUGCUGGGCGACAGCUGGGGCCGACGGCGGUGGCCCCGACCCACCCACGCCCCAGGCGGCUCCCCAAGCGGCCGGCCGCUCGGCACGGCGACAACGCCUGCGGGGGCUGAGGAGCGGGCCGACGGGGCCGCCGGCGGCUUGAGGCUUUCGCUCCGACGGCGGCUUCCUUCCCGCUCGCCCCCGGCCGGCCCCACUGAAGCCUGCAGGCAGACGGCAGCCCCGCUGAUCGAGCCAGCCAAGCAGAAAGCGAGGUGGAAGCCGGGCCGCCAUCUGCUCGGACCCGGACGGGGGAGGGAGCGCCGCCGGCUUCCGAAGGCCCUCUCCUUCCCUCUCGGGGAGAAGCGAAGGCGGCGAGGGGCUCAGGCCGAUAGGGGAGAGCCGCUCGACGCAUCGCACGGCGGCCCGCCGGCUGACAGCAGGUCAAACCAGCGGCCGGCCGACAGCAGGUUUACCCAGCCGCCCGCCGACCGACAGCCGCCAGCCGCCGAAGGCCGCUCGCGUGCCGCUGGGGCUCCACCCAAGAGGCCGCCAGCCGCCGCGGGCCGCUCGCGUGCUGCUGGGCGCCACCCCAGAGGCCGCCAAGGGCUGGGCCGGAGCCGCUCGCUCUUGGCGUGGCCAAGUGCCGGCGUGCUGCUGGCGAGGACCGCCGCGCGCGCGCGUGCGCGCGCGCGCCCGCACCUGCCUCUGUCCCUGCCCAGCCCUGGCUCCCCCGCCACUCGGCCCCGGCGCCGUCUGCCACCAGGUCUACCACCGCGCUCGGUGACGGCAGCGGGUGGACUUCCCCCGCUUCCACCAGCGCCCGCGCGCCGGGGAAGGGAAGCCCGCCGCCCGCCGCCGCCGCCGCCGCCCUCGAGGCCAAGCCCCCGCCCCGCGUAUCGGGCCUGGGACCCGCGCGGAGGGAAGUCGAGGCCCCUCGCGGCCCGCGGCGGGGCCCCUCUCGGCCCGUCGCGGCACGCGGCUCCCACCCCCCAAGGAUUUGGGCUCGGCCGCGCGCUCCGGCCCCCGGACUCCGCGUAUCGGGCCUGGGACCCGCGCGGAGGAGAGCGCGAAGGCGCGGCGAGGGGGGGGGACGACCGCGCCGGCCCGGGCGCCCGCGCGCCCGCGCCGCCGGAGCCCCCUGUCGGCCCCGGGCCCGCCGCCGAGAGAGGCCUCGGUGGAGGAGGAGGAGGAGGAGGUGGACGAGAGGAGGCGUCGCGCACGCGCGCGACGCCCCUGCCCGGUCGGAGGAGGAGGAGGAGGACGGGGCUCCGACCGGUCGGCCGGGUCCGAAAGCGACAAAAGCUUGUCGCCGGGUGCCCCACGAUCGUGCGGUACGCGGCGGGGGAGAGGCGGCGCCGCAUCCGUCCGCCCCUCCGGGCCCCGACCACGAGCGGCGCUCCGCACCGGGCCCGCCCGCCGGAGCGGGCGGGCGGCCGGCUAUCGCGAGCCCACCGAGGCUCCGGCGGCGCUGCGGUGUACCGCCCCAGUCAAACUCCCCACCUGCCGCUGUCCCCGGAGCGGGUCGCGGCCGGCGCGCGCCGGCCGCUUGGCGCCAGAAGCGAGAGCCCCCCUCGGGGCUCGCCCCCCCGCCUCACCGGGUAA